AUGGCGACUGAACCCUCAGGGACCUCUGGAGCGAGCCCCGGCAACACUGGCAAGGCAGACAACUAUGUGCCAGUGUUCAGCAACCAGCAGAGAGAAUACAAGGAGUUCAAGAAGCGAGCUGAGAUCUACCGGGUCAAGAUGAGGCUGGCUGGGCGCCAGAAAGAGACCGUCUUCAACCUGGUGACGAUGAUGAGUGGCAAGGCCUGGGACCUUGUUGAGGACCUCCCUGUUGCGGAGAUGGAGAAGGAAGAGGGCUUCGAAAAGAUAUUUGAGAGGCUGGACAAGGGCUUUCGAUACGACCCCUUGACCGAGCUUCCAGAUGACUUUGAGGCUUACUUCAUCAAGCUGCAGCGGCGGAGCAACCAGACCUUGCAAGAAUGGAGUGCUGAAUACCUGCGAGCAGAGCGGCGACUGACGACGACUCACGGCGUGACCCUCCCGGAGAAGAUCCGUGCCUGGUUCUUCCUGAGGAGGAGUGGCGUGAGCAAGGAGCAGAGACAGCUUAUCCUCACGAACGUCGGCGCUGAGAACCUCAACCUGGAGGCCGUGAGCAAAGCAAUGAACUUUAUUCUGGGACAGGACUCCAGGCUAGAGGGCAGAGGCGACAAGUGGAACAAGAAGGUGGACCGCGCCCACUACCAGGACGAGCUCGACAGCGAGGAGUGGCCGGACGUGGACGCCACCUACUACCAGGACGUUGGUGAGGAGCCUCCUUGGCUCGACGCAGACCAGGCCUACUACGAGGACGAGGCGUCGGAGGACGACUGCGAGGAGGCCUGGGGUGUCGAGGAGUAUGACGAGAUCUACGCCGCCUAUGUCGACGCAAAGAACCGCAUGAACCGGAUGAGGACGGCCCGUGGCUUCUACCCACAGUCGUUGCCUUGGUGGAUCGCCCGACUUCACCUACGUCACCAGCUGGCCGAGGCAAGAGCCCCGGCAAGAAAGGAGGAGGAAAGAGGCCCGGGAAGAAGGGCCAGCCGGGGGAAGCAAAUGCCAGCCAAAGGAGGUGGAAGCAAGGCUGGCGCUCGUGGAAAGGCGGCGGUUGGGAGACAGGUGUGCUUGAGAUGUGGCCAGUCGGGCCACUGGGCACGCGACUGCCCGGCUGGAGAGAAGAAGCACCGCCUCGACACGCAAGCCGGUGCGAACGACGAGGUGAUGAUGGUGAUGGACGCCGACCCCACCGAUGGCAUGGACAACCACAGCAGGACCUAUGCCAUGACCCCGGUGUAUGCCCUGGACAACGACGAGGACGAUGACAACCAGACGUGCAACAGAGCGGUAGGGAUGGAGGUCUACGCGUGCAAGAAGUCCUUCCGCUGCGGCAACUCGGCCACUGAGGCUACAGGUGCUCACCUACAUCAUCCCAUCCUCUUCGGCAGGCCUGUUCUGGAGAAGCUCGAGGUGACCAUCGACUACAAGACCGGGAAGAUGAAGUGGCCCGGCGGACCGUGGCAGCCAAUAUCUCGAGGAGACCGUGGAGAACACCAGCUGGUGCUUGCCGAGGACAUGGCGACCCUCUUGGACGAGACCCAGGACUUUGAGGAGAUCCUGGCCCCCACCGACUUCGAGACACACGUCGUCUUCAGGAAGAACCUUGGCUACCAGGCGAUCCUCGGGAAGACGGCCGGCCCCAACGAGGUGUACCACACGACGCUCGAGAAGGACCACAGCCACGACGACCAGAGCAACGAGAAGGACCACAGCCGCAACGACCAGAGCAAGGAGAAGGACCACAGCCACGACGACCAGAGCAACGAGAAGGACCACAGCCGCAACGACCAGAGCAACGAGAAGGACCACAGCCGCGACGACCAGAGCAACGAGAAGGACCACAGCCACCAUGACGGCGAGCAGAACGAGCACGAGAUCGACCAGAAGGACCGCGGGGACGAGGCAAGAGAGCAGCGAAUUGCCUUCGACGAGAACCCCAGAAUGAUACCUGACAGCGCCACGGCAACAGCAUCUUCUCCAUCACCUAUGUGGACCCUGGAGGAGGUUGUUAAUGCAAAGCAGGUGCCCCUGAGCGACAAAGCCAUGGUGAAGAACCUCCCAAAAGGGAAGCUCCACGGCUUCAUUGCCAGCGCCGCCAAGGAGAAGAAGGAGCUGAAGAGUGCAAUGGACAGGGCCGCCCGCGUUUCCUCAGCUGACCAUAAGCUGGUGUGGGAGGUCUUUGCAGGGAAGGGCAAGCUGACUGCCAACUUGAAGUACAAGGGUGCAAUGACCGAGCGUUUCUCCACCAAGGAGGGGUGGAACCUUCGCCGGGCCAAGGACCGAAAGAAGUUUCUGAGGAGACUUCGCCACGAGGAGCCCGACGAGGUGGUGAUCACUCCUCCCUCGCGCCUGUGGAGCCCAACGCUGGAAAAGCAGCUGGCUUCUGUGCCCUGGUCUUUGAGUUGCAGCGACGUGGAGGCAUUCCACCGGUUGCCCGGGAUGCCUACCUACGUGGAUCAGUGCAUGUAUGGCCUCCUCACAAAAGACGGUGGCUGCCCACUGAAGAAGUCUACGUGCAUACUUACCACCAAGAGGAGCGUGCGUGAAGGACUUCACUGCGAGUGUGACGGCAGCCACGACCACGGACGAGAGCAGGGACACGCCCAACAUGAGGACAACGAGCCCCCGGAACUCAUGGCCAAGAAGUUCGCCGAGCUCAUCGUGCAGGAUGGUGUUGCAGAGGAUGCCCUCCCUAUCGACGAGGGCACCGAGGCGGCCGAUGUCGAGAUGGAGCAGGCCACCGGCGAGGAAGCACAGGAGGAGCCCGAGGUGAUCAAGGCCAACCAGAGCCUGAAGCAGCAAGUGGGCAGACAAGCCUUCGGCUACGUUGCCCGCCUCCACAAGAACCUCGGACACCCGAGCCCAACAGUGCUGGCGAGGACGCUGGAGGAAGUGCAGGCGACCGAGAACGUGAUCACCUGUGCUAAGAACUACCUGUGUGCUGCGCCGGGAGUUCAACGAGCGGCUCAGCUCGACUCGGCCGGGAUCGACACCGAUGAUGGUCGCAUGUGCGUGCUCACCAUCAUGUGCCAGGCUACCCGAUUCGUGACCGUCAGGGUCCUGGCGAGCGAGCAAAGCAAGGAGCUUCUGAAGGGGCUCGAGCGCGCCUGGAUCAAGCACUUUGGGGUUCCCAAAAUUAUCAGGAUUGAUGAGGCCAAGGGCUGGAGCGCCACCUUGAUCCGGGAAUGGUGCUCGGACCACGGCGUUGAGCUGGAAAUUGCUCCAGCAGAGGCACACAGCUGGCUUGGAGCUGUUGAACGUCGGCACCAAGUGGUGCGAAGAAGCUUGGAGCUGUAUAUGGAGGACCGCCAAGACCGCACAAGGACAGGGCUGCGUGAAGCCGCCAUCUUUGUGCCGGGCCAGAUCAACUUGCUGAGUUCGGUGAAAGGUUUUUCCCCGGCCCAAUGGGUGCUUGGCAAAACUCCAGCAAACAGCUUCAGCCUCACCAACGAGAUCUUCAACCCAGCCGCCCCGGAUGCUGAAGAUGAUGCCGGAGCCUUUGCCGCAAACCACCGCAGCAGGACUGCCGCCCAGAUUGCCUUCCUGAAGGUGGGCCAGAAGGUUUUCUUCUGGCACGUACAGGGAGCUGGCAUUCUUCAAAAGAACCGCUGGCGGGGACCAGCUCGGGUUGUUGCUGUUGAGACCGACGAUGGCGGCAAGGAGCGGGUCAUUUGGCUGGCCCACGGCACCUCUCUUCUACGCUGCGCCCCUCACCAGGUGCGGCCCGUCAUCGAGGACACUGGCUACAAUGUUGCGUCCGACCCCGGUGCGGCCAUGGAAGCCCUGCAAGAGCUCAAGGCCCGGAGCACAACCCAGUUCAAGGACAUUACCGCCAGCGAGCCUGUUCUGGAGGACAACGUCGACGACCACCUCUCCGACUACGAACCCAGCCUGCCUGACGACAACAGCCGCCCCAGCGACGCUGACGAGGAGACCGAACGACCUCUACCACCUCUGCCUGGCGUUGUUGAGCUGGCCUUCCAGGAUGUGCUCUCCCGGCAGCGUCCCCUCACCCGGCGCAUCAGCACCGCCGAGCCCGAGCCGGAGCAGCUUGACGCCGAUGUCCCGCCCGACAAGCGUGCGCGACUGGAUGAUGAGGAGCUCUAUGUGGAUGCCUAUGUGGUGGAUACAGCCGACAACGACUUCCCUGAAGGUUGGGCCGUGGUCGAUGGCGAAAUUGCCAUCGAUGAGGCCUGGGUGGCAAGAGUCGAGGCGAAGGAGAAGCACAUGAAUGUGGAGCAAAGGGUGUGGCAGUUUGCUGCAGAUGGCGAGAACAGGGCUGGCCGAACCGUCUCAGCCCGAUGGGUGCUCUCUUGGAAGGACCCCGACGUGAUGAACAUCGAGAAGGCUUCACCUACAGCGCCACGAGGGGCCGAGUUCAACAGGAAGAUCGUGGUGAAGCUGCCGGCCGAUUGUGGGCCGCUUCUGGGAGCUGGUCCGCAGCCGACAUAUAUGCGGAUGCUCAAGUCAGCCUAUGGGCUGGCCGACUGCUUGGUGCUGCACGUCGACGACCUCCUUGUUGCCGGGGAUGGCCAGAACACCGAGUUCAAGGCAGCCAUCGCCGCCCUGAAGAAGAUCUUCGACUUCGGCAAGUGGCAAGAGCUGCACGACAAGGGCCCCAUCCUCUACUGUGGUGGCAAGCUGGAACGGGAUGCAGCUGGCAUCCACCUUGGGUACGCCGACUACCUCAAGAAGGUCGCUCCUGUGACUGUUCCCCGCGCAAAGGAGAACAAACCUUUGCAGCCGAGAGAUGUGGGCAAGCUUCGUGGACUGAUUGGUGCUCUCCAGUGGCCAGCCGGCCAAGGACUCCCUGCACUGAGCGCUUCCCUGAGCAUCCAGGCUGCAGGCAUAAACCAAGCCGACACCAACCUCGUGAACGAGCUCAACAAGACCCUCAGGUUCGCGAAGGCCCAGCGCAGCUACCGGAUCACCAUGGGCAAGGUGUUUGGCGACCUCAACGACGUGUGCCUGGUGGUGUUCAGCGACGCCGCCUUCGCCGUGAGGCCAGAUGGGUCAUCCCAAGUCGGCCUCCUCGUGGUGAUGACCUCCAAGAAGGUGCUUAGUGGAGACACCGUGCCAUACUCUGUCCUGAGCUGGAGGUCCCACAAGCUUCAAAGGGUGUGCCGCAGCAGCCUUGCAGCAGAGGCCCAGGGGCUUGCAACGGCCCUCGACGAGCUUGUGAUGGUUAAGUUAAGGAGCUCGGUCGCUGUGAUCGACGCCAAAGCCCUUUACGACGCCCUGAAGAAGCCCGGCUUUACGCUUGGGACCACAUUGCGGUGGGUCUCGAGCGAGCGGAUGCUGGCGGAUGGACUCACGAAGGUUGGGUCGCGACAGGAGCUUGCCGACACGAUGAUGUCGGGGAGGCUCAGCUUGGUCUACGACAAGGACUUUGUGGCCGCGAAGAAGAAAACGAAGGAGGAGCGAGAGCGAGCUCAGCGAGCAUCUGGGGGGCAAUAUGGUUCCCGAAUCGCACAGCACAUAUCGAUGGUGCUCCUCGCGCAGGCCGCCAACGGUGUGGAUGGCACGACCCCGGACGACGGCAACCACACGACUGACUACACCGACCUGCUCCUCGGCUUCCUCUUCCUGCAGUUCACCUUCGUGCUAGCCUAUGUCCUGUACAAGAUCGUGAGCUACGUGACCGCGGCGACUACUACGAGGACCAGAUCCGUGACGACAGGCCGCAACCAGGACACCAAGCUCUACCACCUCAACGCCAUGACGAGGCAGUGCCAGAACGAGCUCGACGAAUACAGAGAGUACACAGCCCAGCUCAAGGCCGAAAACACUGGCUUGUGGCGGCAACUCGAGGUCAAUGCUUCCACCCACGCGAAGACUGUGGGCACCUACGAGGGGCCCGUCCUGUUGCAAAGACGCUGUGCAGAGACUGCGAACGCGGACUGGGCUGAAAGCCGAGCGCAAGCAAACGCUCCUCCACCCCAACGGCCCGAGUCCACCCAAGCCUCCCCGCCGGGUGCCGAGAUUACCCGGCUCGAGCUGAGUUUCGAUUGCAAGAAAAGUCGGCGUCUGGUUGACGCAUGCUUUGCGUUUUGCCAGGGCCUGAAGCCCCUGGACAAUGCCCAGUCCGCCGUGGCUGCAGCCGCCAAUGCUGCGGCUUUCUCUCGGCAAAGCCUCCGAGAGUGCUGGGGCCAAGUUAUCACACCUCUACCUGGCUUGACGCUUCCUUUCAAGCAUUUCGUGACCGGAAAGUACCAUUCCAAGCCCCAAGCUCUGGCGAAGCCCGAAAAAGAACUGCCCUGUUAA